GGCGGCGUAGCCUGACAGUGACUGCGCGCGCGGGGGGAGGUGGCGGCGGCGAGGGCGGAGCUUCCUGGCCGGCCGGCAACAUGGCGGAGGCGGAAGGGGAAAGCCUGGAGUCCUGGCUGAAUAAAGCCACCAACCCUCUGAAUAGACAAGAAGACUGGGAAUACAUCAUUGGCUUCUGUGACCAGAUCAACAAAGAACUUGAAGGUCCACAGAUAGCUGUGCGGUUGCUGGCUCAUAAAAUCCAAUCACCACAGGAAUGGGAGGCAAUCCAGGCCUUGACAGUGCUGGAAGCUUGUAUGAAGAAUUGUGGGCGAAGAUUUCAUAAUGAAGUAGGGAAGUUUCGUUUUUUAAAUGAGUUAAUUAAAGUUGUAUCGCCUAAGUACCUGGGAGACAGAGUGUCGGACAAGGUCAAAAGCAAAAUAAUUGAGCUGCUCUACAGCUGGACGGUGGCCCUUCCAGAUGAGUCCAAAAUCAAAGAUGCCUACUACAUGUUGAAAAGACAAGGCAUUGUUCUGUCUGACCCUGUUAUUCCUGUGGAGAGAACCCUAAUUCCCUCUCCACCACCUCGCCCCAAAAACCCUGUGUUUGACGAUGAGGAGAAAUCGAAGCUUUUAGCUAAACUGUUAAAAAGUAAAAAUCCGGAUGAUUUACAAGAGGCAAACAAGCUUAUUAAAUCUAUGGUGAAAGAGGAUGAGGCACGAAUUCAGAAAGUAACAAAGCGCAUGCAUACCUUGGAAGAGGUAAACAACAAUGUGAAACUGUUGAAUGAAAUGUUGGUUCACUACAGCAAAGAAGACUCUUCAGAGGCUGAUAAAGAGCUUAUGAAGGAGCUCUAUGACAGAUGUGAAACGAAGAGGCGGACGUUAUUCAAGCUGGCCAGUGAGACAGAGGAUAAUGAUAGCAGUUUAGGAGAUAUUCUGCAGGCGAGUGAUAACUUAUCACGAGUAAUAAAUUCCUAUAAAAGAAUUAUUGAGGGGCAAGUCAUCAAUGGUGAAGUGGAUCUUUCUGUCCUGCCUUCAGCAGAUGGAAGUGAUUCUGCCAAUAACAUCAACACACUCAUUGACUUGGCAGGACUGGACAUUUCUAGUACACCUACACCACCACCACCUAUGCCUCCUGCAACACUGACAGCAGUGCCAACACUAACUCCAGCUCCAGCCUCAUCAGAAAUCCCCAUCCUCCCACCUCCUCCUCAGGCCAUUGGUCACUCCCGGAGUCGUUCAUCCAGUCAGGCUGAAGCCACUGCUCAAUUGGCCAGCACAUCCAAUUCCUUCUCCUUGCUAGACGAGGAACUGCUGUGCUUAGGUCUGAAUGACCCAGCUCCCACCACAGCAAAAGAGUCAACGGAGAACAGCCAGUGGAACAUGUUCCAGAAUGACCCAGUAGACCUGGACUUCUUGAAUCCAAAGCCCGUUUCUGCUGCCUGCAAUUCUUCUGUGAAUCCUCUUCUUCCUGCUGUGUCGCAGCCUGUGUGUGGAACAUCAGUGCCUCGGGCUUCCACAUUCACAACCCCUCAUCCUGUACCCAGUAUCACUGCCCCUACCUCAGCCCCUUUCAUGUUCUCUGCUGGACCACCACUGGGCCCUCCUCAUGCAAUGCCGGUUGCUCCUGGGUACCUUGGUUCUGCCAUGGGAAGCAAUGGUCUGCACAAGAUAGAUCCAUUGGGACAUCUUCUGGAUGAGAACAAAGGGGCUUCAGCUCAAGCAAAUAUCACCGCCUCUGUGUUCCAUGCGGGAGUUGCAUUUCCUGCUGCUCCUUCUGCAUCUCUGACAUCUGCUGCAGGAGUCCCUAUGAUUCCAUACCCAAGCAGCUGCACUGCAGGGUCCGGAAGCCCCCUCUUUCAGCCCGCCUCAUUCCAGCAGCAAGGAAGUCCUCUGAAAGGCCCUGAGAUCUCCUUGGCCAAUGUCCAUGUUCCACUGGAGUCCAUUAAGCCCAGCAGUGCUCUUCCUGUGACUGCAUAUGACAAGAACGGUUUGCGUAUCCUACUGCACUUUGCCAAGGAGUGCCCACCUGGACGGCCCGAUGUCCUGGUUGUGGUGGUAUCAAUGUUAAAUACAGCACCCCUUCCUAUCAAGAACAUUGUGCUACAAGCUGCAGUGCCAAAGUCCAUGAAAGUGAAGUUGCAGCCACCUUCAGGCACAGAGCUAGCUCAGUUCAAUCCGAUCCAGGCACCAGCUGCUAUCACCCAGGUCAUGUUGCUGGCAAAUCCUAGAAAGGAGAAGGUGAGGCUGAGGUAUCGACUGACAUUUGCCUUGGGAGACCAGCCCGGCACAGAAGUGGGGGAGGUAGAUCAGUUCCCCCCAAUUGAACAAUGGGGGAACCUAUGACCCAGAGGCAUCCCUUUGGAACGGGAAUGAAUGUGAAGUGGAAGGGGCAUAUGCAGUAUCCAGCCGUGAUAUUUAGCUUUGUUUACAUGUCCUAUCCACUCCACUAGUAGGUUUAGUCCAGAAUGUUUAUUGCACUGUGGGGUGAAAUGGGCCGGGGCAUGAGCGCCAAGCAUGAACUUGUGGGGCAGCCAGAACAGAGGUCUAGCUGACUUCUUUACCUUGGCCAAUCCGGUUCUAUUUUCCACAAACUUGAAAUCUGAUCAUUCUGGAAAGCUUUGUCAACAGAAAGGGAGCAUGUUGAUGCUCUCUGUGUUGGCCAGAUGUCUAUAAAGGGCUAUGAUGCCUUCAUAAGUUCCUUGGGGCAGAGCCCCAACAGAUGUUCCUAUGCUCAUUUUUUUUACCUCCUUGGUGCCAGAUUCUAGGACAACAUGUAGGCUUGCUGAGCAAUAACAUGGGCUCCAAAAGAGGAGGUUUCUGCUAUGACCCGACACUCCAUUUUCUUUCUUAAUUACCAUCUAUCCAAGAAGCCAGCACAGACCAUACAGGUGAAUAAUAGCUGUGUACUUUAUACCUGCCACAUGUGAACACAACACACAGCUCUCAAGCUGCUGCCUUUGAUUUUCUACUUCCCACUGACUCUGCAAUGUGUGCUUUCCAGGCAGCUGCUAAAUUUUGUACGCACACAGCUCUAUGGCAAUUUCCCCUUGGCAUUCAACAAUCACAUUUUGUUGCGAGGUGAAUCUGAUAGUCACAGAGGCAGUGUAUCUAUUGCUCAUUAGGGAGCAUGGAGAGACUAUUAAGCCAAGGCAUCCAGUCUUGGUGCAACUAUUAAUCAGGGUCAGAGAUAGGAAGUGGUGCAGCUGUAGCCUUGAUUCUUCUCUGAAGGCAGUAUUAUUUAGUUAGGAAUAGACAAUGUACAUAGAGCUAUAGGAAAGCAUCAAAAGAACUUGUGGAUAAAGAAAGGAGAAGCCAUGGCAGUGCAUGUGCUAGGUUGAUUAUAUCCUUUUUAUUCAUUCCAUACCCUUUUAAUUCAUUCCAAGUAUUAAGUGGCUAAGUGCAAUUGUCUCCAGUAGGAGAGUUCCUUGUGUUGAAGCAGACAGACCUUUCUAAACAGGAGUGGUAUUCAUUAAAGGAAAUAUCUCUGCUUUGGGUCUAAUAAUAGCUUCUUCCUAUCCACAAUGAUUUUUUAAAUCUAAAUAUUCACUCAAACUUUGAGCAGAUUGCCUUUCUGAAAUGCAUAUACUAUUGUCCUGAACUAAUCAUUUUGCUUGGUUGUGAAGAAGAAGCUAUGUAGAAAGGUUUACAGCUGGUUAAGAAUUCCUAAAGGUCUAGUUCAGUACUCCUUGAUAUACUGAAUAACUGAAGGUGGAAAUCUUUCUGGAGUUAAUGACCUUGUAAAAACUCCGUCCUGUAGACAGCUCUGAUGUGUUUCUAGCCAUCUUCUACUGCAGGCAGAAGACACUCAGCAGUAUCAUGGAGAGGUCAUAUGAUUACUGAAAAGGCUUGUGCACUCAAUGGGUUACAGUUUUAUAGAUGGUACAAAGCAAGCUUCUGCAAUCUGAAAAGUUUCAAUGGCAGGUGGAGGGGUCAGACUUGUGUACAUAGCAAUCAAUUGUCUGCAAAAGGACAAACAUGACUGAUGGGCAAGCUGUAGGGGGACAUUAAUUAUGUUUAAAUAAUGGCAUUUCUUCUGUCUCUUGACCUAUUCCUCACUAGUGUUAGUCUCUCCACUGUCAGUUUCUUGCUUAGGCUACUGCCCAGGUGCCAUAGUCUAGCCAUAGGGAGCAGGUUUCACUGCUGUAGCUUGCCUUCAAGCAAGUCUCUGACUGAGGAAACCUGAAAAAAGCACAAGUGCUUUCUGCCAAAUGGCUUUCUCAGUAUCAGCAGUGCUGCCAUGCCCAUACUGUAUAAUCCAACAGAAAGAUCCCAUAGUCUCACUGUGUGGAAAUGUACUGUUACAAGCUUCAGACAUUAUUUAUGAAUGUUACUUGUUCAUAGGCUGAAGUUGCAGCUUCCUACCAAACACUCAAUACUGUAAAUAUAUUGGAAGCAUUUGUUUUUCUGCACGUUCAAUAAAAUUGCUUUCCUUACUCUA